GGACAUCGCUCUGCUUUAUCAAUGCCUCACACUCGACGUGGGAUGUUUGAGGGAGACGUCACGGUGCUGCCGUUCGGCUCCUCUCCUGCAGACCUGUCCAAGCAGCACCCCCUGAUCAGGCUGUACAGCCAGAACGGAGGUUAUCACCUGAGGAUUUCACCAGAUGGAGCUGUGAGUGGUGGGAGGCAGGAAGAUGAUCCUUACGAGAUCCUGAGGCUGACUGCUGUAAGCGUGGGAGUGGUGGUCAUCAAAGGCGAGACCACGGGACGGUUCCUGGCUAUGAACAAAAACGGAUGCCUUUAUGGAUCACAAGCAAUGAACGAUGAGUGUCACUUCCUGGAGAAGUACGAGGASAACAACUACAACUCGUACCGCUCGCAGAAAUACAGCUGGUUUGUUGCUUUAAAAAGGAACGGCCAGCCUAAAAAGGGACCGGACACCCACCAGGGUCAAAAGGCCAUCUUUUUCCUGCCCAGGCCUGCUGGCACUGUGUAAACCGGACAGACUGAAACAUACAGGAGGUUUAAAUCGUCAUCGCAGUUGAUUUUAAAAAAAGUGACACGAUUCUUGAAUGAAUAUCAGCUGCUGUCAUAAAUGCUCUGUUCACACAGAAAAUCCAGCACCAGGAGAUCAGACUGGUUUGGUAAAUGAGUUUGAGCCCAUGGUUGAAAUACCGCUGCUGGGAGAAAGAAAUGUUCGGCUCGCACACAAAAAUAGUUCUGCAUUAAAUCACGUCUGGAGCAAGGAAUGACAAAAAGCAGUUCUUUUUUUUAAAGGAGACUUUUUAGAAAUGUGCAUUUUUCAUUUGUUUGGCUUCUUGUGUACUUUAUGUUAAGAUCGUUUWAUGUUAAUGCCUGUAUGCUGAGCUGCUUGCCUUGAAGUCGUGCACCAUUGUUUCGACAAUAAAAUAUUUUCAAACUGGUAA